AUGUCAAAAAUUAGAAGGAAAGUCACAGUGGAAAAUACCAAGACCAUAUCUGAUAGUACAUCCCGAAGACCCAGUGUAUUUGAAAGGCUUGGACCCAGCACUGGUAGUACAGCAGAGACACAGUGUCGUAAUUGGCUGAAGACUGGCAACUGCCUCUAUGGAAACACAUGCAGAUUUGUACAUGGUCCUUCACCCCGUGGUAAAGGCUAUAGCAGCAAUUAUAGAAGAUCACCAGAAAGACCUACAGGCGAUCUUAGAGAAAGAAUGAAGAACAAGCGCCAAGAUGUGGACACUGACUCCCAGAAGCGAAAUACAGAGGAGUCAUCGUCACCUGUUAGGAAAGAAUCUUCAAGAGGGAGACAUAGGGAAAAGGAAGACAUAAAAAUCACUAAGGAGAGAACUCCAGAAAGUGAAGAGGAGAAUGUGGAAUGGGAAACUAAUAGAGAUGACUUUUUGUGUGCUUCAAAACAUCUUUUAAUUGUGAUCUCUCUGUUGUCUCAGGACCACCUUAACAUGGAAAGAACUUCAAAAAGCAAUCAAAGCAAAAAGAAAGGACCUCGUACUCCUAGUCCACCCCCUCCUAUACAGGAAGAUAUUGCUCUGGGGAAAAAAUACAAAGAAAAAUAUAAACUAAAAGACAGAAUAGAAGAAAAAUCAAGAGAGGGAAAGGAAAGAGGACGAGAUUUUGAAAGACAAAGAGGAAAACGAGAGAAGCCAAGGUCUGCUUCCCCAGCAGGACAGCAUCAUUCGCCUAUAUCCUCUAGACAUCACUCAUCUUCCUCACAAUCUGGAUCUUCUAUUCAGAGACAUUCACCUUCUCCUCGUCGAAAAAGAACUCCUUCACCAUCUUAUCAGCGGACAAUAACUCCACCUUUACGACGCUCUGCUUCUCCUUAUCCUUCACAUUCUUUGUCUUCUCCUCAGAGAAAGCAAAGUCCUCCAAGACAUCGUUCUCCAAUGCGAGAAAAAGGGAGGCAUGAUCAUGAACGAACUUCACAAUCUCAUGAUCGGCGUCAUGAAAGGAGAGAAGAGACUAGAGGCAAAAAGGACAGAGAAAAGGAGACGAGAGAAGACCGAGAGUAUGAACAGGAUCAGAGCUCUUCGAGAGACCACAGAGAUGACAGGGAACCUCGAGAAGGACGGGAUCGGAGAGAUACCAGAGAUGCUAGAGACCGAAGGGAACUAAGAGACUCCAGAGAUAUGCGGGACUCCAGGGAUAUGAGGGAUUAUAGCCGAGAGAGCAAAGACAGCCGUGAGCCUAGAGAUUCUCGUUCUACUCGGGAUGCACAUGACUACAGGGACCGUGAGAGUCGAGAUACUCAUCGAAAGGAGGAAACCUAUCAAGAAGAAUCCCGGAGUUAUGGCAGAAACCAUUUGAGAGAAGACAGUUCUCGUACUGAAAUAAGGAAUGAUUCCAGAAAUGAGUCUCGAAGUGAAAUUAGGAAUGACCGGAUGGGCAGAAGUAGGGGGAGAGGUCCAGAGUUACCUGAAAAGGGAAGUCGAGGCACAAGAGGUUCUCAAAUUGAUAGUCACAGUAGUAGUAGCAACUAUCAUGACAACUGGGAAACUCGAAGUAGCUAUCCUGAAAGAGACAGAUAUCCUGAAAGAGACAACAGAGAUCAAGCAAGGGAUUCCUCUUUUGAGAGAAGACAUGGAGAGAGAGACCGUCGUGACAACAGAGAAAGAGAUCAAAGACCAAGCUCACCAAUUCGACAUCAGGGAAGGAAUGACGAGCUUGAGCGUGAUGAAAGAAGAGAGGAACGAAGAGUAGACAGAGUGGAUGAUAGAAGAGAUGAAAGAGCUAGAGAGAGAGAUCGGGAACGAGAACGAGACAACAGGGAGCGGGAGAGAGAAAGGGAACGUGAACGGGAGAGAGAACGAGAGAAAGAAAGAGAACUAGAAAGAGAGCGUGCUAGGGAAAGGGAGAGAGAGAGAGAGAAAGAGAGAGACCGUGAAAGAGAGAGAGAUCGUGACCAUGAACGGGAGAGGGAAAGAGAGAGGGAACGAGAUAGGGAAAAGGAGCGGGAACGAGAGAGAGAAGAAAGGGAGAGAGAGAGAGAACGAGAGAGGGAGAGAGAGCGAGAACGGGAACGAGAAAGAGUGAGAGAAAGGGAUAAAGAAAGAGAACGUCAGAGGGAAUGGGAAGAGAAAGAUAAAGGGCGAGAUGACCGCAGAGAAAAGCGAGAAGAUACCCGAGAAGAAAGGAAUCCAAGAGAUGGGCACGAUGAAAGAAAAUCAAAGAAGCGCUAUAGAAACGAAGGUAGUCCUAGCCCUCGUCAGUCACCUAAGCGUCGACGUGAACAUUCUCCUGACAGUGAUGCCUACAACAGUGGAGAUGAUAAAAAUGAAAAACAUAGGCUCUUGAGCCAAGUUGUACGACCUCAAGACUCUCGUUCUCUAAGUCCGUCACACCUGGCAGAAGACAGGCAGUGCCGAUGGAAAGAGGAGGAUCGUAAACCAGAAAGAAAAGAGAGUUCACGGCGCUAUGAAGAGCAGGAACUCAAAGAGAAAAUCUCUUCUGUAGAUAAGCAGAGAGAAUUGACAGAAAUCAUAGAAAGCUCAAGAACACGUACUCAAGACAUCCUAGCACACCACCAGUCUGAAGAUCGAGAUAUCUCUGAUCGAAUUCAUGAAGAAAACAAGAAAAAAGCAAAAAUUCAAAAGAAGCCAAUUAAGAAAAAGAAAGAGGAUGAUAUUGGAAUAGAAAGGGGUCAUGCAGAGACAACAUCUGAAGAUGUUCAAGUAUUUUCACCUAAAAAAGGACAGAAGAAGAAAAGUAUAGAAAAAAAACGUAAAAGAUCCAAAGGUGAUUCUGAUAUUUCUGAUGAAGAGGCAACUCAGCAAAGUAAGAAGAAGAAAGGCCCACGGACUCCCCCAAUAACAGCUAAAGAGGACCUGCUUGAAAUUUCCAGUAAUAAAGAUGGCGCUGCUGUAGAAGAUCCUCAGAAAAAAGAAGAUACAGCAUUCAGUGACUGGUCUGAUGAAGAUGUGCCUGACCGCACAGAGGUGACAGAACCAGAGCACAUUGCCAGCGCUGCUACUCCUGCUAGUACUCCUCCUCUUCUGUCUUCUCUUCUUCCUCCUCCUCCUCCUGUGGCUACAGCCACUGCUGCUCUUGCCACAAUUAAUAGUACUAAUCUUCACACCCCCUUCACCACAUCCACCACCACCAUUUGUACCUCGAUCACUGCCACUACUUUUACCAAUGAAGAGUUGCAUAGAAAGUGCCACAGAGCACGAGUGGAGAAAGUAGAGGCACCUCAUGUUACUAUAGAAGAUACACCACAUCGCAAGGCAGUGGAUCAAAAGAGGAGUAGUAGCCUUGGGAGCAAUCGGAGUAAUCGUAGUCAUACAUCUGGUCGUCUCCGCUCCCCAUCCAAUGACUCCGCCCAUCGAAGUGGAGAUGACCAAAGUGGUCGAAAGAGAGUACUGCAUAGUGGCUCAAGAGAUAGGGAAAAAACUAAAAGCCUAGAAAUCACAGGAGAAAGGAAGUCCAGGAUUGAUCAGUUAAAGCGUGGGGAACCUAGUCGAAGCACUUCUUCAGAUCGCCAGGAUUCAAGAAGUCAUAGUUCAAGAAGAAGUUCUCCUGAGUCAGAUCGACAAGUCCAUUCAAGAUCCGGGUCGUUUGAUAGCAGAGACAGGCUUCAAGAACGUGAUAGAUAUGAACAUGACAGAGACCGGGAAAGAGAGAGGAGAGAUACAAGGCAGAGAGAGUGGGACCGAGAUGCUGAUAAAGAAUGGGCACGGAACAGGGACCGAGAUAGAUUGCGGGAACGAGAGAGAGAACGAGACAAAAGGAGAGAGUUGGACAGAGAACGAGAGAGACUAAUUCCGGAUUCUGUUGAAAGAGAUAGGGAUAGAGACAGAGACAGAACUUUUGAGAGUUCUUCCCAAAUAGAGUCUAUAAAACGCAGUGAAGCAAAACUCGAAGGUGAACAUGAAAGAGACCUAGAAGGCACUUCUCGAGACUCUACAGCUUUUGAUAAAGAAAGAACAGAUAAGGAAAUGGGAUCUGUGCAAGAAUUUGAAGAUAUAAAUAAAACUGAGAGAACGGAGAGCGUGGAAGCAGGAGAUGAUGAGUCCAAGUUAGAUGAUGCACAUUCAUUAGGAUCUGGUGCUGGAGAAGGAUAUGAGCCAAUCAGUGAUGAUGAACUAGAUGAAAUUCUGGCAGGUGAUGCUGAGAAGAGGGAGGAUCAACAGGAUGAAGAGAAGAUGCCAGAUCCAUUAGAUGUAAUAGAUGUGGAUUGGUCUGGUCUUAUGCCAAAGCAUCCAAAAGAACCCCGAGAGCCUGGGGCUGCGCUCUUAAAAUUCACACCUGGAGCUGUUAUGCUGAGAGUUGGGAUUUCUAAAAAGUUAGCAGGUUCUGAACUUUUUACCAGAGUCAAAGAAACCUGUCAAAGACUUUUAGAAAAACCUAAAGAUACAGACAGUCUUUUUGAACAUGAAUUGGGGGCUCUCAACAUGGCUGCAUUACUACGAAAAGAAGAAAGAGCAAGUCUUCUCAGUAAUCUUGGACCAUGUUGUAAGGCAUUAUGCUUCAGACGGGAUUCUGCAAUUCGUAAGCAACUUGUUAAAAAUGAAAAGGGCACUGUGAAACAAGCUUACACAAAUGCCCCCAUGGUAGACAAUGAAUUAUUACGACUGAGUCUGAGGCUAUUUAAGCGGAAGACGACUUUCCAUGCCCUAGGACAUGAAAAGACUGAAGAUAAUAAACUUUCACAGUCAAAUAUCCAACAGGAAGUAUGUGUGUCAUAA